CACCUCCACCUUUGUUUUUCCUUUCACCGUUUUCCCGUUCACACCUGUGAUUUCAUCACCUGCAGCCAGCGUCCCAUCCAGAGCAGCUGGAGUGUUAUCAAACACCUGGAAGACGAAAGCACCCACUAUAACCGGAAGAGACACACGGCGUACAAGGACUGUCUUUUGGCUUAUGUCACAGGACCCAGUAUGAGUAUGGAACUUGAACUGAAGAAUGUGAACUUGAGACCUGGAGACAAACUGAAAGUAAAGGGGGAAAUUUUGCAUGAUGCUGAGAGGUUCCAGAUUGACCUGGGUUUGAGCUCAGAUGACCUGGCAUUGCACUUUAACCCCCGUUUCCACGAUGAUGCAGAUGGAAUGGUCCUAGUGUGCAACUCAAAGACAGCAGGUUGCUGGGGCGAUGAAAAGAGGGAAAUACACAACCCUCUGCAGAGGGGCAGUGAUGUGAAGAUCGUGUUGAAACUCUCUGGAGAUGUGUUUGAGGUGGAACUUCCUGAUGGACAGGAAAUCCAGUUUCCUAAUCGUGCAGAUACGGAUGUCGUCACCUAUAUCCGAGUGGCGGGGGAUUUCAAACUUACAAGCUUCAAGAUCUUCUGAAGCUUGUAACACAAAUUCAGAGUGGUUUAAAUAACCAGAAUAAAAAAUGAAUCAAACCAAUGUUGUUAGAAACACACUGUUACUGUACAAGGUAGCUCAUGAAUCUUGAAGUACCCUGUUGUGUAUUGUGUUCAGAUUAAAUAAAUUUUGUUUUUUGACCACUAAAAGAUUGAAAUCUUAA